AUGGCCGUCAAGCAGUCAGUCACCUUCAGCGACAGCACUGUCAGCUUUGCAACAAAGGCAGCCUCUUUCAGCGAUGACAAUGAUGGCAUUGAGAUGCGGGAAAAGGGCAGCGGGGACCGGAAACAACAGAAGCCCAGCAACGAGAAGCGCAAGAUAUGGCUAUGGAUCGGCCUCGCCAUUGCGGUCGUUGCUAUUGCCGGCACAGUAAUUGGCGUGCUCUUCGCCAGGAACAUGAUCGGUGGCAGCUCUAGCACAGCCACGGUGGGCGCCAAUGCGCAGUCAGAUAUCAACAGCAGCACAUCAUCAUCAUCGUCAUCAGCAGAUGCGCCGGCUCCGACAACAAACGCUGGCACACAAGUCAGCACGGAGGACGAUGACAGCCAGCAGGCGCCCCAGAAAUGCUCAGACCCCAAGGACCUGCCCAAAGAGUUCCAGGGCACCGCCAUGGACCAGUCGACAUGGCUCACCAUGGACGGUUUCAACUGCAGCUUCACCUCUGAGACGGUCGGCGGGCUGCCCCUGCUCGGCCUCAACAGCACCUGGUCCGACGACAGCCGAGCGAACCAGAACGUGCCGGCUCUCAACAAGCCGUGGGGCGCCUAUGGCCCGUCUCGCCCGAUCCGCGGCGUUAACAUUGGCGGCUGGCUGUCCCUCGAGCCCUUCAUCACGCCUUCCCUCUUCGACUACCCCAAGAGCCUCAACAUCAUUGACGAGUGGACUCUGACGAAGCACCUCGGCGCCUCGGAGGCGGCCAAGGUCCUCGAGAAGCACUACGCGACCUUCAUCACCGAGGAGGACUUUAAGAACAUUGCCGCGGCAGGCCUCGACCACGUGCGCAUCCCGUUCUCCUACUGGGCGGUGCAGACGUAUGACGACGACCCGUACGUCCCGCAGAUCUCGUGGCGGUACCUGCUGCGCGCGCUCGAGUGGUGUCGCAAGUACGGCCUGCGCGUCAAGCUCGACCUGCACGCCCUUCCCGGCUCGCAGAACGGCUGGAACCACUCUGGCCACUCGAUCAACGUCUUCAACUGGAUCCUAGGCACCGACUCGCAGCCCGGUCCCAAGCAGAACCUCAACCGCAAGCGCUCGCUCGACAUCCACGACAAGCUGAGCAAGUUCUUUGCGCAGCCGCGGUACAAGAACAUCAUCGCCUUCUACGGCCUCGCCAACGAGCCUGCCCUCAAGGUGCCCACGGCCGACCUGGUCAGCUGGACGACCGACGCGUUCAACCUCGUCACCAAGAACGGCAUCAGUGCGCCUAUCGUGUUCAGCGAGUCGAUGAAGGGCCUGCCCGCGUGGGGCGGCCAGCUGCAGGGCCACGGCGACAAGCUGGUCCUCGACGUGCACGAGUACCUCAUUUUUGACGAGUACCUGAUCGGCCUGACGCACAAGGAGAAGAUCAACUACGCCUGCGGCCUCCUCGCCGACGACGUGGCCGGCAGCUCCUUUGGCCCGACCAUGGUCGGCGAGUGGUCGCAGGCCGACACCGACUGCACGCUCCACCUCAACGGCGUGUUCAACGGCGCGCGCUGGAACGGCACCUUUUUCGGCAACUCGCCCGCGUGCCCGACCAAGGACGACAAGUGCGACUGCUCGCGCGACAUGGCCGACCCCAGCACGUACACCAAGGAGUACAAGCUGUUCCUGCAGACCUGGGCCGAAGCGCAGAUGUCCGCGUUCGAGCGGUCCUGGGGCUACUUCUACUGGACGUGGAAGACCGAGAGCGCGCCCCUGUGGAGCUACGAGGCCGCGUGGAAGGGCGGGUUCAUGCCAAAGCUCGCGUACCAGAAGAGCUGGAAGUGCGGUGAUGCGGUGCCCAACUUUGGCAGCCUGCCAGAGUUUUUCUAA